AUGUCUGACGAGCGAAUAAGUCAUUAUCGCUGGAAAUUUAUUGCAAACAUUGACCCAUCGCAUAUAACACUUCAUACAAUAUUUCGCUCGAGCGAAAUCGUCGUGGAUAAUCUCAUAUGUACAUUUUGUGUGUUCAACACCUUUUAUUCGGCAUCUAGUUAUCGUGAGAUAAUCCAAAAGUUUUUACAAAUCUUCAAGGAUUUAAAAGCGCUUGAACUGCCGCAGCAGCCUCCUAAGUAUAAUAUUUUGUCAGUGCUUUACAAGGAAUUGUGCCUUUUCACUGCGGUUAUUUCAGUUCUGAUCAUAAUCCCUCCAGGUUAUAUUUUCGUUAAAAUGGAUUAUAAACUAAAUAUAUUUUUGCGCUUCUUUGGUUCUUACCAUCUACCGAAUAUCUUAGUAUUCCUUAAAUUGGGUCAAUAUUGGUUAGCUCUACGUUUCACAUAUCUACUUUAUAAACGUAUAAACGAAACGCUCCUACAACGCAUAAAUCAUCUAGAUUUGCAUAGCUCACCGGGAAGGCAUGAAGUCAUCAUGAAUGCCGGAUCGUAUUCUUGGUAUAAGCGCGAGUUUCCUAGAACACAUUGGGAUAAUUGUGAGAUUUUGGAGCGGCUACGUCGGUUAUACUCAGAUUUGGAUAAGCUUUUGGUGCAAGUGGUAAAUUUUUUUGAUGCAAUUCUGUUGCUCAACUUUCUAGGAUCGGUGUUUGGGUUUACAAUGAAUUUAUUUGAACUAUAUAAAAACCUUGAAGCACCACAAUGGGACAGACUGCUAUGGCAUUUUCUCUAUGUCGUACGGGUGCUCAUCAUUCUGUUGGUAAAUAAUGCGGUUACAAAUGAGAAAUCUCGUACAGCAUUUGUGCUUAAUGGGCUCUAUAUUACAUCGAAAGAGAUGGAGCAUGCGGUAAAACGUUUUCUUCUACAUCUGAUGAUACGUAAGCCCGUAGAAAAAGUCUGUGGAAUAGUUGAAUUGAACUUAAUGCUAUUUACAGGGAUUUUAAACAUCGUAAGCCAAUAUAUUACAUUUCUCAUACAAAUUGAUUUGAGCAAGGAUCCAUCGAAGUUACAAAAGAUGAUCGGCAACAAGAAUUAAAAUAAAUAUUUUACCAAUCCAAAAAAUAUUUAUGAAUACUUCAGUAUAAUUAAAUACAAUUGAGUAGCUAAUUGCCCAACAUUUAA